GCUUCAUACAAGGCUUGUUAUCUACUACUGCAUCGUGAGUGUCCUUCAAGAGGGCGAGUUCGAACGGGCCCGAGCAAAUUGAAGUCCACCGGGCGUACACCAUGCGUGGUCCGUAAGCCCAAGUUCGCGUGUUCAGAAUGAAGAAUGAACAUGGUUAUUAGGACUUGUUGCCUACGGAGACGAAUCAGGCAGCGAAAGCGAAGAGAAUAAGCCCUCCUCCUCCAGAGAUCGUGCUUCACUUGAUGUGAGAGUCUUCAUCGCCGAGCACUCCCAUCGCCGUUUCCCUCUUUGCUGGCUGUCUCUUCCGUUUGGGCCAGGAUCCUCACAUUGGUUCGCCUGAUGGGUCUCGUGUGAAAUCCCGGAAAGACACGCAAGUCCUGAUACGGCGGCAAGCGCCUACGAAAAGCCAUGUUCGGGCGCAUAAAUUGAAUGACAUAGAGGGAUCAGAGACACCACAGAGGUCGUUGUCCCCGAUGGACUUGGAACAGCGGUCGGGCCCUUCGUCCAUUGCAGAUGCAUCCAGUGAAGCAGACGAACUAUCCCGCAUACGGCAUUUACUACGUCCACCACCGAUCGCGGGAGUAGCUGACUGGGGUAUCCCGCCUGAGUCGACGGAACCGUGUGAUCCAGGCAUUCAGGCGAAGGUUGCCCAGUUCAUCGCUCUGAAGAAGGAUCCCCAAAAUCCAAAGCAUUUCAAUGACUCGCUGAUGUCUAACCGAUCGUUCAGGAAUCCGCAUCUGUAUGCCAAGUUGGUGGAGUUUGUGGAUGUCGAUGAAAGAGUCACGAACUUCCCGAAGCAUGUAUGGGACCCGAGUGAUGUGAGGGAAGACUGGUAUGCAGACCGAAUCGCUGAGUACCAGAAAGCCCGGUCGGAGCAGCAGGCUUCAUCCCAGAACUCCGGCAAGCGCUCUCAGAUUGACUUCACCUCCGGGAAAUCAAGCGCCCCUCCCUCUGGUCCGAGGAGCGCUAAUCGACAUCAAGGUGCUAAGGACAGAUAUCAGCCGUAUGGAGGGUUGCAGCACUCGUAUGGAAAUGGUCUUGGGGAGGGUGGGCACAAGAAGCCGCGUGAACGCAGUCGUUGGGGUUAAUGUUCAUGUGGUUACUCUACUGCCCAUCUUGGUACUCCACUGUUCAAUAUAUAACGGUUCUGUACACCAGAAUUGAAUAGAUCCCUGUAGCAGCGUCGUAGCCUGUGCUCUUGGAAUAGUCGACCUUUCUACUACUGAAUGUUUGC